AUGCGCGAUCGCGAACGAGAGCUCGAGCGUGGACGCGGUCGGAAAGGCAAAGAGGACGAGGGCGACCGCGAAGUCACUCCGCCGCCCGUACCCUCCCCAUCUCCCGAGUACCUCGCCCUAGCGGCUGACGCGCCUUCCACGCUCUCCGAAAUCUCCUCCUCUCGCAAGCUGCUCGUUCUCGAUCUCAACGGCACACUUGUCUUUCGCUCGCCCCACUCCUCCCGCACGAGGAACAGGGGAUUCCCGCGCCUGCGCCCGACGUACCCUCGUCCGUAUAUGCGCGCGUUCCGCGAGUAUCUCUUCGCCCCGGAGACGAAGGCGUGGCUGGACGUGAUGGUGUGGUCGUCCGCGCAGCCGCAUAGUGUUGGGGACAUGGUGGACAAGUGCUUUGGCUCAUGGAAGCGCGAGCUGGUGGCGGUAUGGGCGAGGGACACGCUCGGGCUAUCGAAUGACCAUUAUCACCGCAAGGUUCAAACCUUGAAGGACCUCUCCAGGCCAUGCGUGGCCCCACAAGUGCACUCCGCGCUUACCACCCUGCUCCUGGACGACUCCCCAUCGAAGGCAGCGCUGCAGCCGUACAAUCACUUCUGUAUCCCGGAGUAUACCCAGGAACGCCGUAACAAGGAUCUGGAUAGUUUCCAGAAAGAGCAGGAGUGGCUGCUCGCUCUCGAGAGGAGGAAACUGCUUCAGGCACAGCUCACUAAGGACGAGAAAGCAGCGCAGAAGGAAAGCCGGAAUGCCAAACGGCGCAAACACUUCGAGGAGCCCAUGCUCACCCCGGAGGUCAAGCGGCCGGACCUAUCGUACGACGAGACGCUCCUCGCCGUCGUGGGCGUCCUGGAUGAGGUGCACUGUCAGCGGAACGUAGCGGCGUGGGUCAGGGCGGGCGGGCUAUGGGGGCCGGGGGGUGUGCCCACGCAUCUCAAGCAGGCAGUGAGGGAGAGGUCGGCUGAGGAGGGCGAUGCUGUAAUGGAGGUGGACGAGAGCACGGCGCGUCCUGCAGGCAACGACGAGGUCACACAAACUGCGCCUACGGACUCGAAGGGCAUUGCCGAUUUACCUGCGGAUGCACCUGAAGCACCGGCCGCGUUGAUGUGGUUUGAGGACUCCGAGGUGAUAGUGUACUGGGCGACGCGUGGACGGGAGGCUCUCGAGACGUUGGGUAUACCGGUUGAACAUGGGAUGGAGGGGUAA